CCCACAAAGGGCAUCUAAAAACGACGUGCCGGAAGCAUAGGAUCAGAUGAGGACGACCCAAGUGGCGCCAAAUACGCAAGAAUGGAGGAGGACCAAAUACAGGAUAAAGAACGUUUCGCAAGUAGGGAGAAUCAUUGCGAAAUUGAAAGAAGGCGCCGAAAUAAGAUGACAGCCUACAUAACGGAGCCAGACAUGGUGCCGACAUGCAGUCCCCUUGCAAGGAAACCGGACAAGCUCACAAUACUCCGGAUGGCCGUGGCCCAUAUGAAGGCACUACGUGGUACAGACAAUACAAGUACAGAUGGGACGUACAAACCCUCAUUUCUAACUGAUCAGGAAUUGAAACAUCUCAUCUUAGAAGCAGCAGAUGGUUUCUUAUUUGUUGUUACAUGUGAUACGGGUAGAGUAAUAUAUGUGUCAGACUCAGUAGCUCCUGUACUGAAUCACUUGCAAAGUGAUUGGUACGGAUCAUGUAUUUACGACAAUCUUCAUCCUGAGGAUGUGGAAAAAGUAAGGGAACAGCAAUCAACGCAAGAGCCACAGAACACUGGCAGAAUAUUGGACCUGAAAACCGGUACUGUCAAAAAAGAAGGGCAUCAGUCAUCCAUGAGGUUGUGUAUGGGACCUAGAAGAGGGUUCAUCUGCAGGAUGAAAGUUGGUAAUUUGGCACCCGAAAGCAUGACUAUAGGACAUUUGAACAGGCUGAAGCAAAGGAAUAGCUUGGGUCCUGGUCGGGAUGGACAGAACUAUGCUGUGGUACAUUGCACGGGCUAUAUCAAGAAUUGGCCUCCAACCGGUGUACAGUUAGACAGACAAACGAAAGAUGAAAUCCGUUCCUCUCAUUGUUGUCUCGUUGCUAUUGGAAGGCUUCAAGUGACUUCAACACCAAAUACAAGUGACCUGUCUGGUUCAAGUAGUACAGCAGAAUUCAUCUCCCGCCACUCGAUAGAUGGAAAAUUCACAUUUGUGGAUCAGAGAGUUAUUGGACUUCUUGGUUACUCUCCACCUGAACUUCUCGGAAAAAGCUGUUUCGACUUUUAUCACCAUGAAGAUCAGACGCAUAUGAAAGACAGUUUCGAACAAGUGUUGAAAUUAAAGGGACAAGUUUUGUCUGUGAUGUGCAGGUUCAGAGCUAAAAACAGAGAGUGGGUUUGGCUUCGUACCAGUGCAUUUGCGUUCCUUAACCCAUAUACAGAUGAUGUAGAGUAUAUAGUGUGUACCAACACAACAGCUAAGGCCCUUCAUCCAGGUGCUGAAACUACGGAAAAUCCAGAGCAGGUAGCUUAUCAACAACCUGGGCUUGAUUAUAGUCAGAGAAGGGAUCCUGGAAUCUAUUCCCAUAUGCUCCCAACAACCCAUAUCCAAACUGCCUCCAGAGUAUAAAUUGCUCCACACCCUCCGCAACGUCCUGAUGGUGUUCUUGUUUCCGAGCCACCACAAUCAGCUCGACCGGCAAGUGGACAACCGGUUUACACUGGUUAUGAACCCACCUACACCCAGGUUAGUGGAGGUGGUAGGCAAGCUGCACCACCACAUGCACCUUACCAAUGGACCACUUGGAAAAAUGCUGGACAAAACCCAGAUCCUUCGGGACCAACUCCUGGCGGAUCAGGUGCACCUCCACCACCUCAGCACGAAUUAUCCGACAUGUUGCAAAUGUUGGAUCAGAGUGGUGCUACUUCCUUCGAAGAUUUGAAUAUGUUCAACAGCACAUUCGAGUGAAACCAAUAGAUAGGAGUGGAUUUGUCACAGUUCAGAUGCAAUUCGUGAAAAUUAAUUCAGUUAAAUAAUAUAUUCAAGAAUUGGAUAUGUGGCUACAGUUAGAAAAAAGGACUAAUAAUUUCUUAUCCUGUCCAAAAACAAGAGGUUUUACUUGCAGAGUUUGCUGUGAAACGUUCGCAGAACCCCUUGACCUUUUGGCUCAUGCUGAGGAGCAUGCUCGUGGUUUCGAAUACAGUUGCAUGGUGUGCUCAGAAAAUUUUAUAAAUGAAGAAACGUGUGCCGUACAUGUUAAAGAACAACAUCCCGAAGAAGAAGGUUUACACUGUAGCAAAUGUCCAAGGAUUUUUUAUGAUAUAUCCAGAUUAGAAAAACAUCUGCUGUCACACAAAGAUGAAUCGUUAAUGAAUAAUGUGCAUGAUCAGACAACCAACAGAUAUAAAAACAUUGGUAAAUUAUCAGAUCAGCAAUUUUCAUGUCAAGAGUGUGGAAAAAGAUUUGCUACCAGAAGUUCUCAGCAAAUACAUAUGAGGAUACAUACAGGCGAACGUCGUUAUGGGUGCAGUUUUUGUCACAAAGCUUUCACAGAUGGGGGUACUCUCAGAAAACACGAAAGGAUUCAUACUGGCGAGAAACCUUAUGCAUGCGUCAUUUGUCCCAAAGCUUUCAAUCAGAGGGUUGUCUUAAGGGAGCACAUCAGAUCGCACCAUUCGGGCCCUGAUCCAAGUUGUUCUGAUAGUAUGACGCCGUUUCGUUGUACCAUCUGCUCGGACCAUCUGUACCAUCUGCUCGGACCAAAUCCAAAAUAAGCAAUCAAGAGAUGUCAGAAGCUAG